AUGCCAACCACCUCGCGGCUAACCCGCUACGUCACUCGCCUUCGAGACGCGUCGUACCGCGUCGCAGCCUCCUCUUCCGUGUCGCCACCUCCUCGCAUCCGCCUCCCCUACUCGCCGGAACCCAUCCUCCUCAUCGGCGCAUCUCCGCCUCAUUACCGCCACAUCGCCGCCUCGCCGACUCGCCGCCUCGCCACCUCGCCACAUCGCCGCCUCGCCGCCUCGCAGACUCGCCACAUCGCCGCCUCACCGCCUCGCCACAUCUCCGCCUCGCCGCCUCACCGCCUCCCCCACCUCGCCACAACGCCGCCUCGCCGCCAAUCCGACUCGCCGCGUCAUCACAUCGCCGCCUCGCCGCCUCGCCGCCUUGCCGCCUCGCCACCUUGCCACAUCCCUGCCUCGCCGCCUCGCCGCUUCGCCACAUCGCCACAUCGCCGCGUCGCCGCCUCGCCCAUUUUCCAUGCUGCGUGUCCUCUGUUUUUGUUUCCCCUCUCCGUGUCCGUGUUGCUUGUCCCCUACUGUCCUCCGCUCUCCCUCUGUCCUCCUCCCUACACCCUGGCCCCCCUUCUCCCCCCCCUGUCUUCCCCUCUCCCCCCUGCCCUCCGUUCUCCCCCCUGUCCUCCUCUCUCCCCCCUGCCCUCCCUUCUCCCCCCCCUGUCUUCCCCUCUCCCCACUGCCCUCCCACCCCCCUGUCCCCCUCUCUCCCCCCCUGUCCCCCUCGCUCCCACCCUGUCCCUCUCUCUCCCCCCCUGUCCCCCGCUCUCCCACCCUGUACCCCUCUCUCCCCCCCUGUUCCCCUCUCUCCCGCCAUAUCCUCCUCAUUCCACUCCCCCCUGUUCCUCUCUCUCCCCCUGUCCCCCUCUCUCCCGCUCUGUCCUCCUCAUUCCACCCUAUCCUGUCCCCCCGCCUGUGCCUCAUUCCCUUUUCUCAGUUCCCGCCCGUUACCAUCGCUUCCCGUUCCCAUCGCUCGCCCCGUCGAACCUCUCCUCGCUCCCCUUCCCGCCGCUGCCUCACCCUGCUUCCCCUCGUUUGCUCUCGAUUCCUUCCCCUGUCGCCCACGCGCGUUCCCCUCCCCUCCCGGGGCUGUCGCCUUCGUCUCCCAGUCCCCCCACCCUUCUCUACCCCUCACAGUCGCAACUCCCCUUCCCCCCCACCAGGUUGCAUCUCCCCUUCCCUCCAAAUCGCAUCUCCCCUUCCCCCCAGGUUGCAUCUCCGCUCCCCCCCAGGUCGCAUCUCCCCUUCCCCCCAGGUCGCAUCUCCCCUUCCCCCCAGGUCGCAUCUCCCCUUCCCCCCAGGUCGCUUCUCCCCUUCCCCCCAGGUCGCAUCUCCCUUUCCCCCCAUCUCUCCCCCUGCCUCCCCAUCUCCCCCCCAGUCUCUCCCUCUCCCCCCACCGUCCUCCUCUCUCCCCCUAUCCUCCUCUAUCCCCCGUGUCCUCCCUCUCUCCCCUUCGUACCUCUAAAUCCUCUCCCCACCUUCCAUCUCCAUCCUUCUCACCCCCCCCUCUUCCCCUCAUGUCCCCUCCUGCUUCGCCUCAUUUUCCACCCGUCAUCCCCUCCCGUCAUCCCUUCCUCAUUUUCAUGUGUCCACGGCAGAUGA